GCAGGGGGAGCUCAAGGCAAUCCUGGGCCACCAGGUGGGCGUGGACCAACAGGCGAAGAUGGAAUGGAUGGAGACCCAGGCCCUCCCGGUCCGCGAGGACCUAUGGGCCCUCCUGGAAUUAACCUCAUCGGCCAAAUUUUUACUGGAGCCGACAACAAGGGACCACCACCAAACUUUCGACUGUACUCGAGCUCAGAGAGUACUUCAUCUCGAGAAGAAAAUCGUAUGCUUGAGCACCCUGAAAUGAAAAAGGUCUUGGAUGGUCUCUCCCAACACACUGAUCUGUUUAGACGGCAAAAAGGCAGCAGAUAUCACCCAGCCCGCUCCUGUCGAGAUUUGCAGCUUGAUCUUGACAGUGACGAUACUGUGCACAGCGGCUUCUACUGGAUCGAUCCUAAUGAAGGUUGCAUCAGUGAUGCUGAAUACGUUUAUUGCGACUUUGAAAACAACAGAGCUUGUGUACAUCCGAAAAAAGAAAAUAUUACCAUAGAUGAUCCGAAGGCCAAGCAAUGGAUCAGCGAGGUUCACCCGGAUGUAGAGCUUAUUUCAUACAACAUGGAACCUGCACAGAUGAAGUUCUUGCGUCUUUUGAGCAUGCGCAUCACCCAGAAUGUAACCUAUCACUGCUACAACUCACGCGCAUGGGAAGAUGAUAAUGACCGCACCAUUAAACUCCAAGGAGAAAACGAAAUGGAACUAACAUCAUCUGAGAAAACAAAGCCCAAAGUCGUCACCAACAGCUGUGAUAAUAAAGACAGUUCUUGGCAUCAAACUGUUCUCGAGAUCGACACGACGCAAAAGAACGCUUUGCCUGUUGUGGACGUAGCAGCUUACGAUGUGGGAGACAUGCUUGUUGAGCAGAAAUUCACUAUUCAACUUGGACCUGUGUGUUUUGUGUAUUAGCUGGAAGUUAACGUGUCAAGCAAACAAAUUUAGUGUAAAUUUCAUCCGUGGAAAAGAUUUUAGGAUGGGUUUGAAGUUUGCUUAGUUAUUUAGGUCAAUCUAUACGACUCUGAAGUUCCCUGUUAUAGUCUUACUUCGCAAAAAAGAUGUGGUUCUCGAGUAUAGUUCUUGGGAAAUAAACUAGAAACAAUUUCCUUGUCAGUGAAACUGGCUUAUCCGGCGAUUCUUCUUCUUUUUUUUCAUAGCUGUUGAUGGAAAUUCUUAUCCUUUAUAGAAGAUUUCCGUAAACUGAAGAACGUUUCCGAAGUAGGACAAUAAAGAGAUCUAGCCAAUUAGGUCACUCGAGUACCAGAAUGAAAAAGUUGUUAUUUAAAUGUAAUUUUUGAUAUAAAUCAUUUUAGUGGCAUGGCGUAAUCCUGAUAUUGAUAUCUUUUGCGUUUCUGAAAAGAUAUUUGAAAUACACUGUUCCUAACUCAUAUUCACCCCAAACCAAUGCAUAACACUUGUUGAGGAGGUAUCAAAAUGGUAAUUUUGAAUAGCUGAACAGUGAAGAAAUUACCAUCGAAAAUCGUUGGAUGUUUCCUGUGGAGUGGCAGCUUGUGUGAUAGAUGCAAAAAUAAAAACGAUCCUUGAUAAA